GAGGCUAAAAAUCUUUACAAGUUGCAAUGCACAAAAUAUCUGUUUUGGUCCUCCUGAGUAUUGCACAUUCUCUAAACAGUGUAACCAAAGGAAACUAUGCAUCAAGCAAGAAAGAAAUGCCAGGGGCCCACUUGCAUUAUUCCAGCGAGGAAAUCCGUGUGCUCUCUCAGGGUGUCCUGAAGCUUGGAGCUGCAUUAAAGGAGCAGGUUGACCAUACUAAAGAGAAAAUUACCUACAUCUGUCAACAGCUCAACAUUUUUAACAACUCCCUGAUAGAAUUACUGGAGCAGGUCAGCCUAAAUAAGAGGCUGAGAAACGGUCUUAUGGAAAAAACUCAGCAACUUGAAACUAGGAACCAAGUUCUGGGCAGGCUCUCUGCAGAGCUCCAGAACCAGCUUGGUGAAGUGAUGCACUACAGAAUGACUUUCUACACCAAGCUGGAAUUUUUAGAGGAGAAGAUAGAGAAUGCCCUAAAUUACAAGACUAACACCAGUACUUCAGUGAGUAUGACUGACAUUAUGUCUUUUGUGCAAACUCAAAGCGUAAGAAUUGAUGAGUUGCUUACUGAAGUGGCGCUGCAGGAAGACCAAAUUAGUAUACAAGAUGCCCUCAUUCAAAAGUUACUGAAAAAGGUUAGGCCAAAAAGCAAACUAGCCAGACAGCUGAAGACCAAUGGAAUCAGGAAGAAAAUAGCAGAUUCUUCUGAGAUGCAGAACACAACAUUAUCAGUACAUGAGAGUAUAUGAAAGACAAUCACAGGAUUAAAAUAUUUUACCAGUGAUCUAUGCAGUGUAAAUGCAGAAAUGCUAUUAGGAUUUCUAUCUUGAUUUAGAAGGCUAACAUGCAAGAAAGCUAGGGGCUGUCUUGUUCAAUAGUUUUUAUCUUUUAACAAACUGCAUGGCCAAGGUGCUGAAAAGUUUUGCAAAAAUAUUGUUAUUGUAGCGUGAAUAUGACAGUUACCUACUAGCUUGCUCCUAACAGAAAUGUUGUAGAUCUGUAAACACUAGUUACAAAGCAAAUAUUUUAAGGUAUUGAAAAAAAUUAGUGCAUCUGAUUUAAAAAAAAAAUGUUUUUAGACAUCUUAGAACUAUGGUUUAUCAUGAAGAUUAUGGAAAUCCAUGUUUUAUUCAGUUUCUCAGCUCAUUGACUUGACUGCACAGUAAUCAUCAUGCCAUAUGGUAUAUAUUUCACCAAUCGUAUAUUACAUAACUAAUGCAAUUUGUUAUGGCACGUUGGGUGUAAUGCAUCAGUUGAAAGCACUGUGAUACACAAGCUAUAUGCAGGAGAAAUGCUUGUGCCACUACACUAGAGUGACCAGAUGUCCCGAUUUUAAAGGGACAGUCCUGAUUUUUGGGGUCUUCUUCUUAUAUUGGCUCCUAUUACCCCCCACCCCUGUCCUGAUUUUUCACAUUUGCUGUCUGGUCACCCUACACUAGACUGCUGUUUGCUAGACUUUCAUUUUUUCAUGGUUUAUGUUAUGCUAAGUAACAUGUAACAGAAUUCAUUAUUUUUUUAUUUUAGUGCGCGCACACACACAAAGCACAGUAACUUCAGGAAACCUUACAAGCAGGUGUGUGUGCGCGCAAACACACACAGUCACACACACACACACUGAGCACAAGUGGGGACUAGCUGGAACUACUCCUGGAUAGUAAAAACAAGAAGUGGGAUAUUGUGUCAUAUCCCCUCUGCCAAUAGCAGUGGCUUAAGCACUGCUCUUUCCUGAGAUCUAUAAAGAAGCAGGGAGGUAGCAAGACAGACAUAAAUGGGGCCUCUGAUGGCAGGAACUCUGAGGGUAAUACAUGAGCAGGGACCCACAUUUUUAAACAAAGAGAAAUGAAGUUGGGCAAUUUAAACCCCUCGGAAAGAGAAACAAACCAAUGCAGUGCUAGAAUCCCCACCACUGGUACACAAAUAAAGGAAUGGGAAGGGAGCAAUCUCUAUGCCAGAGAGCAACUGUGAAACUGUUAGCAUGGUGGGAUGCCCUGCCCCAAGAGUAUGACACAAGUUAGGGCAGCUGUGCUCAUAAAGCCUCCUCCCAUCCCGCCAACCUCUCCGAGUAUACUAACAAUGUAUGUAGUGUCUGAGAGAAAUCCCUCUAAUACAGGAACUUGGAGUGUGGGCCAGAGCACAGAAAAGUUCACCCAGAGCCACAUAUCAGCAAAAGCUAUUGCAUCACCAACCUAAAAUGUGAGCAAAACAAUGGAAGCUGUGAAGGUACAACACUUCCCCCCGACACCCUCCCGGGGUCUCAAGAGUAGCAUGAGCACAAGGAAAAAUCUUACCUCUCCACAGUUAAAGUAAAUAAGUGGUUAGCAUGUGCUAUCACCCCUUCCUCAAAACAUGAGAGCAAUGGGGACCAUUAUGAAUGAAUUACCUUUUCUUCCAGACUAGACAGAACCAUUACUGCUAAAAGCAGAAGCCAAGCAGAAGCUGGGUCUAGAAACACUCUCCCAAGCACAGGCGAGCACAAAAUGCCCGAGAACACUAAUUAGCAGCUUCAAUUUAAAAAAAAAAAAAAAAAAAAAAGAGAGCUUCUUUCAAACUCUUAAAAACAAAAGCCUAACACUUCCCGUAUCAAACACAUUAACUCCCGGUGUCUGUUUUAGCUCAGUGACUGUUGAAGCAAAUCACUAUGCUCUAGAUCCAAAAUUUUACCCUGGCAGAGUGCAGCAUCACUUUCAUUUACAUUUCAUGGGGGGGAAAAGUUAUACAUUUCAACAUGAUUUAGGCUUCUUUUUUUUUGGUGCUAUUUGGAACAGAAAAAAGUUAUUGAAAUAAAUCUUCAGUUGUUUUGUCAUUCAGUGCGAAACUACUUUUAUUAAGGAAACAUAGGUAUACAACGAAAGGGAACACUCUGUUUCACAGUGCUGUGAUCUCACUAGGGUAAAUCGGGAAUAAUAAAGGAAUGGCAAUCCGCCAGAAUAAAAACUAGCAUAAGCAAAAUCAAAGUCAGAUCCAGAAUCUAUAACAAAGAUUCUGCCUCUGCUGUUAAACAAGAAAAAUCCACUUUUCAGAAAAAAACAGAUAUUUCUUGUUAUCUAUGAAAGCUUGUGUGCUGGUAGAAAAGGACCUUCAGGAUGUGUGAUGAGAUUAAUAGGGCCCAUACUAGAUGAAGAAGGCACCAGAAGAACCCUGUGUGCAGGGCUAGCCGUGCCCCUCUGGCCUUGUCAAUCAUGUAUGGUAGGGAGGAGGCCUUUAAAAAGGAGGAAACUGCUGUCACCUGGGGAAAGAGAUCUCUUUGAGUAGGAGACUGUAGGAGCAACUCCUGGAGCCAUGGGGGAACUCUCAGCCGGGAGGAGAUCUCCACCCCGACCCUACGGGGAGUGCAGUGAACUCCCAGGGAAAGCCUGACAGAGUGCACCCGAUUCAGCAGCCCAGCCAGAGGGAUUCCUUGAAAACCACUACACAGACGCUAUAUUGUUGGCACUAAUGUUGACCUUUUUCCCCUUUGAGGGACUCUGGGAAGAAGUUAUUCUCAGGUGCACUGGGGCAUUUCACUUUCCUUUAGAUCCCCCAUCAGAAGGGAUUUAAGAAGGCCCACAAAGGGCAGGCCCACUUGAGCCUGUGCAGGAGGCACCCAGUGUCAAUAACUGGGCAUGGCCAGGCCCUCCCCCAUUUGGGAGAAAAACCUAAGGGGACUCUUUUACAGUACGUCAUAAAAAAUAAACCUAAGGUUGGGAGACUACUACUUGACUUAGAACUCUGCAAAAAGUCCACUGAGCCAUCAGAGGCAGGUAUUUCAUUGAUGGUUCCAUCCUGCACACGUACAGUCAGACUUCAAAUUUACCAGCCUAUAACUGUAAACUUCCAUUCAGUCAUGUACUUUAUCCAAAUAAAUAUUCUGUAUGUGUAACUAUUUCCACCUCUGUCCAGGGUAACAUGCUAAUAAAGAAUACAAAUAAUUAUCCCAUAAUAUUAUAUUCUAUUACAAUAUGAGUCCAUAUCACUAGGGUAUAAAGCUGGCAUAGUGCUUUUUGGUUUCUUUGUUUGUUUGUUUUGUUGGCUAGGAUCUGUGAGUUUAAAGAUUUGAUGUUACUCGUGCUAAUUUGUAUUUGCCCUUCUAAUUGUAUAAACCACUUGAGUUAUAGAAAUAUUUGAACGAAAUGCUGCAAAUGGAGAAAGAAAUGAAUUUCCAUCUUCUCUCACACAUGCUUAAGACACUGCAACUUUCCUUAUUAAAACUUGUCUGGGUCUAGAGAGUGAAGAAACUGCACCCUCAAGUGGCUGAACAGCACAAAUACACAGUACUAUACUGGAAUAAGGACACUCCUAAAGCAUCUUUCACCAAGGAGGCAAGCGGACAGCAGAACUUGCCUCAUGAAAGGGUGAUCACAGCCAAGUCCGGCUGCAAGAUGCUGGGAGGACUUUGGGUGAGCAUUGCUCUAUAAAACAGAGAAAUAUCUAGUUAAUUAAAUCUAGGCUCUAGAAUGC